AGUAGACUACGCGAAGUCGGUCGGCGAGGGACCACCACAUUCUGCUGCGGGGAAGCGGACUUACGUGUUUUGUUGCGGUGGCGUGGCCGGCUGCUGCCGUCGUCGGCUUGGCUGUGUGUGACAGUGCGAACAGCGGUGCACACCCGGGGUGACUCUGCGUGAGUGACGAGCCGCUGUCACCCACUACUUCAGCCUCCUUCGAUCCACCGGUUUUAGCAGCGGUGAGCUAAAGGGUUAAAGUGAGGCGCCGGAGCAAUGCUCUUGCCCGUGAUGCAGGGACGAAACAACUGACGCGCUUCUCUCGCCCGGCUGCAUCAGCGUUCGGCGGCGUCUGCUUUUCUGGAGCAAGCGCGAUAGGCGGCCUCCGAGUUGUGCGAGCAAGAAAAGAUAAAACGAGGCGAGCGUAGCAGACGACAUUGCUUUUAGUUUCGAUUCUUCCGAAGAGCUUGCCUGGCUGCCGAGUUGUGAGCAAUAUAUUUCUCUCGUGCCGCUCCACUUUCCGAUUCGUGGCAGUAGCAGGAAGAGACACACGCCCGUUUUUAUUAUUGGUUUUCAUUUCUCGCGCUCUGCCUUUUAGUGCCGCCGAGUGAGUAAAGCGAUCUUCUAGCGGCUUUAAGCCAAGAGCGUCGGAAAGCCCAGCACAAAGCAGAAGUCGUCGUCGUUCCGCUUCCGUCUUCCCAGCUGGAAGCUGCCGGACUCUGAGAGGUGUUGUCUCCGCGUCAAGCCGACGACAAGCGGUUGUUUUGCGCUUGACGCGGCAUCGCCGCUGUGUCCGGUCACGACGACGAUGGUGGCUGCUUUCCGCCGCCGGCGCGGCCUGCUGCGCCUGUAAUCCCACCGCGCCGCUUUCCUCGACGAUGAUAGCUCCCGCCGCGAUCUCGUAAUUUACAGGCGCGUGUGCUGACAAGCAGGAAAGAAGCGAGACAGUGUCGCGAUGCUGCUGUGGCGACAACGCGCCCUGUGGACGUGGAUCGCGGUGCUUGCCGCGCUCUCGUGGACAUGCGGCGCCGACGAGGCGCGCGCGCCCGUGGUGGACAGUGCGUCGCGUGGACACCACGAGGCCGUGCCUCCGGACCCGGACGACCACACGGCGAGCACGGACGACGUUAUCGUGUCACCCAUCCACCACCAUGGAGUCGGCGGCGGACACGCGAUCUCCGCCGGACACCACGGCAGCGGUGAGCGCGACGGGACGCCCAAGCGCUUCCAGGUGGCUAAGGUGGACUUUCACCACGUCGCCACACCGUUCAUUAUAUCGGUGUGGAUAAUCAUCGCCGGAUUCGCCAAAAUAGGUUUCCACGUGACGCCCAAGUUGCACUUGAUCUGCCCCGAGAGCUGCAUCCUGAUCGUGAUCGGUGUGGUGAUCGGGCUGUUGCUCUUCUACACGGGCCUGACGUCAGUGGGGCCCCUGACGCCAGACGUGUUCUUCCUCUUCAUGUUGCCGCCCAUCGUGCUGGACGCCGGCUACUACAUGCCCAACCGGUCUUUCUUCGACAACCUGGGCUCCAUCAUGACGUACGCCGUGCUGGGCACUGUGUGGAACGCGCUCACCAUAGGUCUCUGCCUGUGGGCAGUGGGCUUGACCGGCCUCUACGGCACGUCCGUGCCCCUCCUGGACACCCUGCUCUUCAGCAGCAUCAUCUCUGCCGUUGACCCGGUGGCCGUGCUGGCCGUCUUUGAGGAGAUCCACGUCAACGACGUCCUCUACAUCCUCGUCUUCGGCGAGAGCCUGCUCAACGACGCCGUCACAGUGGUGCUGUACCGCAUGUUCGAGGGCUACACGGACAUGGGCACGGAGAACAUAAUACCGACAGACUACGUGUACGGCGUGGCAUCCUUCUUCGUGGUGGCGCUGGGCGGCACGGCCGUCGGCAUCCUCUGGGGACUGGUGGCUGCCUUCGUAUCGCGCUUCACGCACCACGUGCGUGCCAUCGAGCCCCUGUUCGUCUUCAUUCUGGGCUACCUGUCCUACCUCAGCGCCGAGCUGUUCCACCUGUCCGGAAUCCUCGCGUUAACCUUCUGUGGCCUGACAAUGAAAAACUAUGUCGAGGAGAACAUCUCUCAGAAGUCUCACACCACGCUCAAAUAUGGCAUGAAGAUGUUAGCCAACUGCUCGGAGACCAUCAUAUUUAUGUUCCUUGGUGUAUCGACGGUGAAUGACAUCCACGAAUGGAACACCUGGUUCGUCAUCCUCACCAUUGUCUUCAUCACCGUCUUCCGUUCUGUCGGCGUGGUUCUGCUCACGUGGCCCAUCAACCGGUUCCGCGUACACACUCUCAACAAGGUGGAUCAGUUCAUCAUGGCGUACGGGGGCCUUCGAGGAGCCGUGGCCUUUGCCCUUGUGCUCGUCGUCAACGAGGAAGUCAUACCGACAAAGAAGAUGCUCGUGACAACCACCAUCGCAGUCAUUUACUUCACCGUGUUUGUCCAGGGGAUGACUAUUGGACCUCUAGUACGUCUGCUCAAUGUGCCACGGAGUGUCAAGAGCCAAAUGUCUAUGAACGAAAGGCUACACACCAGGUUGAUGGACCACUUAAUGGCUGGCCUGGAAGACGUGACGGGGCAGUUCAUGGGCAACUACAAAAUACGAGAUAAGUUCAAGUACUACAACAAUCGCUUUCUGAGGCCGAUGCUGCUCAAGGACCACAGCAUCCGCGAGCCUAAGAUCAUCGAGACGUACUCCAAGCUGAACCUUGCCGACGCAAUGAACUUGCUGAAGAACAACAACAGCCUGGUUCCUGUAAUGAACGGCGAAAACGGCGUGUCUUUAGCUUCACUCUUCCGAAGCUACACACAGACCAACCUGAGCAAAGGCGCCGCGUCGGCCAGCGGCGACACGCUGCGCGAGCUCGACCUACCAGUUGACCGGUCGGCCACCGUGCUCAACUUCGACAUGAACGAGCUGCAGUAUUCGCCCAGCAGCAAGGACUACGCAGACGCCCAGCUGCACCACAUAUUGUCAGACUCCAUGUUCAAGCCAUCGAGGAAGGUCAAGCGGCUGUACAAGGACCGUGUGGACGGGCACGAGGACCACCCGCCCUUCCACCACCACAUGCGCAUGCAAAUCCGCACCUUCUUGGGAGAGGAGAGGCGACGCAUGCGCAAGGCGCGUAACGGCCGCCUGCCACGCCACGAUGGCAACGACGGGGCCCCACUCACCUGCCGACACGUGCACGAACCGCGCAAGAUUCCCAAUGGAGAUAAACCACAGCUGCGCUUCAGUCUUCCGAUGAACGGCGACUGCUCGCUCAACAUCGACUGCCGCAAGGUUACAGCGCCAAGCAAUGCGACGUCCAAGUCCGAGGUAAACUCGGGCCUGCAGCAUAGCGGGGAGGAUGAAGGCAUCGUCUUUGUGGCUCGUCCGACAGGCGAAACGCCUCUCAAAGGCUCCCCGCGCUCGUAUUCGCCUCCGCCCGAAGCGGAGACCCUGACGGAGACCGAGACCACGCUCCCCUGGAAGCGCGACGACGUGCCUGACGCGGCGGGAGUGCGCGCCCGCUGCGGCAGCGGCGACGGCGGCGUCCGCCAGCGGGAGUUCCCGUCAUGGAUCGACAAUCGCGAGUAUAUCGCCUACCAGUCACCCACGUCCACAAUUCUCGGUCGGCUGGACCGCCACAAGCGCUCAACUCCGGAUGUCUUCGAAGUGUUCCAACUCAAGUCAUCGGGCGCGCCGGCCGCCCCGAUGGAAGAGGUGACCGAGGAGGACCAAGACGGCGGCUCUCCGGAAAUCGCCGGCGGCCUGUCCGAGUUCGGUGCCGAGCUCGUGCAGGCGCCACCGCAGGGAGAAGGCACCGGGGAAGGCCCGCCAUCUACGACGUCGACAGAACCGCUAGCUCCGAGUUCACGUUGGGAAGAGACAGUCAUUGACUUAGAGAGCGACGAUUCCGAGAGCUGUGGCUCGAGGCAUGUGCGGCUGUGAUGUGGACGGAGUUGUUGUUCCUGUGGCCCGUGGCCAUCACAGGCAAUCCUGGUGGACAAGAUGUCUUGCUGUAGUGGCCCAAGGGCGAGAAACAGCGGGUGACGACAGUGCUUCUCUCUGUGCUUGACAAGCUGUGCUCGACUAUACCAUACAGUGAGAAGGUUAGCAUUCAACAGACCCAGCCCAUGACAAGCUACGAUGUUUAUGAUGCUGUUGUCGCUUCACUCGUGUGAAGCAUCGGCACAGCGAACUGAUAUCGGCGCACUUCGUGCGCGUCGUCUGUUGCUGCUUGAGCCGGGGUAUGGAGCUGCCGGAUCCAGAUGCGGAAUUUAUUCUAGCAGUUUUGGAUAAUUGGCUUUCUUAAUUUUUUGCGCGGAUCACGUGGUGCAAGUAUCCUCACGCAAAAACUUCCGAAAGCCGUUUUCGUUUUCCGUUCCAAAAAAGUGACACUUUUUAAUAAUUUUAUACUGUGUUAUAUCGCUGGAAGCGGUUUUUCUUCGCCUUGCUUUUCUUUUUUUCUUUUUCGCGCAUGGCACCACGCGAUUUAUAAGGAUAGCUGGCGUUGCCAGCGGACAAGGACAUGCGGGAUCUCUGAUACAGGUGCAUUUAUGAGGAGAUGUGCUCUUUCCUUUUAGCUUUGUACAUACGAGCACAAAUUCAUCCUUACAACAGGUGGCAAACCGUGUCGCACAGUAAUGGUCAAUAGCCGUAAGAAGGCUCCAGCGGCCAGAAACUACGCAAUGCAGGUUUUCUUAGUGCUAUAUAGUUCUCCGGCUUGAUGCAUUCAGUAAAGCACUUCAACAGAAAGCUUGUUUAAUAGGAGGCCUAGACACUCAGGAAGAAUAACGCUGACGCAGUCAUCAGACUGCAAACAGAGAUGCUUCCUUAUAGUAUUGCCGGAGCAUGGUUUGAUGGAUCACUUUUGAGCAGCGGUAACAUCAGCGCAUCUUCUGGUAACAAUGGUAAGUUGCCAUGCGCUUCCCAGAAUGUUUUUGACUAUUAAAACAACGGAACAUGCCACGUUUAACGCGUAUUUCCUCCCCAAGCACUUCCCAGCUUGUAAAAGCUUAUACUGUGGCUUACCGCAGGAGCGAUGCAGGGUUGGUGCCACUUGCUCUACGUUACUAGUAUAUUGAUAGAUGUUCAUACAUCAAGAAAGCUGUUCUCUAAGGUAGAGCACACAGCGCGGUCUAAAAACUUCUUACGGUCGUUACUUAACGGUCUAAGGCAAAUAAUGCUGUUGUGACAAAUGAAUACAAUCCGACCUCAUUUCAAGAAAUAAAUCGAACGUAUGUAAUUUGGCUACCUUAGUAGUUGUAGCGUUUAUAUUGUCAGACCCAACGCUUUCUCGAUGGCAUACUGUCAUGGUUUGUUCUCAAUAUUGCCACAUCAGUGUAUGGCUGACAAUAUUCCCAGGUAACAGUAGAUUGCAAGUCCUAAGGAACAUAGAGUUCUAGCGUAAUCUAUCAGUAACGUUUAGAUAGUGUGUCACAGAAAAGCGAGAACGAAUCUAGUUCUCUGUUCUCUUGGUAUUUAGAUAUAGCGACGUACGUCACGCAUACAUAUAUAUAUAUAUAUAUAUAUAUAUAUAUAUAUAUAUAUAUAUAUUGUUGCCGCCGUGACUGUGAUGACAUCAAGGACGUAAGAAUCCCUGUUACUUGCUCGUGUUGAACUUAGUCUUUAGUUUGCUUUUAUUCAGAUUUGUUAGUCUUGAAGGUGUGCUUAUAGGCGCCGGCAUGGUAGGCACACAAGCAUCAAAUGACGUUGACAGUUAUUGCCAUCACUGCUUGGGAGCUGAACAGUGAAUAGCAUACGAGUGCACUCAUGUCUGGUAGCAUAAUCUCUUUAGCGCCGAGCACUUGAACACGGUAAGUAGCGACUGGUACGCAUCGCGGCAUAUGGCGUAGGAGGACGUGUUUUGUUCUAUUAAUUUGCGUAUGUUACGCUCGGUUUCAUGAACUCAAUGUGGUGAGCUAAGUCGUGCCUCCCUGAAGAUAUAGGUUGAAUCUGCAUUUUAUGCCGAGCCUAUAUAAAAUGCAAAAUUCUUGCUUUCUUUUAAACAUGAGUGUGCAUAAAAAGAUGAAAAUUUUUAUGUAUACAUGCUAUAGUAUGUUUACAGCUUCAGCUGAUAUAUGAUUUCAGAGAAGUGCGAGAACGUUUGCAUCUUGGCUGGAUUUAGAAUCAAGCUCAGGUUACAGCCGCACAGCAUAAGCAACCUGGCGUAAUUCCGUUCUUCCUCCUAAAAUAAGUGAUGCACGGUGUCUAACACAUUGCGAGCUCGGUUUGAUGAAUUAACCUGUCAAACACGACCUAGUUCAUUUCAGUAAUGUGCCAGUGAUCACUAUGUCACUCUUCCGCCUUUGGUCCUAAUGUGAAUGAGAAAAGCCUGCCGUUUAUUUGUGAGUUCUGUAUACAUCAAAGUGUUUACAUGUGUACACUGCUGUGUUUGCACUUUAAGAGUUUAAAGGUGCAAGGCUGCGUCCUGAGCGGAGCCUUCCUAGUCACGCGCUUGCGUAGUCGCUCGAGCAAAGAGGUCUUAGAGCGUUGGCGUCUUCGCCUGGCAAAGCAGCGCUGCACGUAGCCUUGACAUUUGCCGUAUGCCGUCCUUGUCUCCACGAGACUUGCCGAUUUCCUUCCCGCUGAAAAGUAUCAAUGCCUCUACUAGUCGCGUCGCCUCCUUGGAAAGACAGUGUGGGCAUUGAACUGAGUUAGGGACGUUGCCUCCCUGUGCCCUCCGGUAAUGUUCGAAAUCCGUUACGCUUUUUCUGUGCAGUCUUAUUUUUAAGCUCAGGAAAAACAUCGGGUAAGAAAUCCGACGAAAUUAGCUCGCGUCUCGUUCUUUUCUUGCAGCUGCCUGCCGCUGUUUCAAUGCCGUCACCACCAUAGGAGUAAAAUCUGAUUACGGCUGCUAUCGUAGCAAAAAAAAAAAAAAAAAAAAAGCUUGCGCAAUGACGAAAAGCGAACACGGGCAAAAGCUAUAAAGAAAUACUGGUCUGCAAGCUCGCCAGGCUGGUGAAAAAGUCAUAAUAAACUUGGUUGGAUUUGGCAUCACUUUCUGCUUCAUAACGCAACAUGAGCUACACAAAAAAAGUAUACUUUUGAGAAUAACGAUGUCAAGUUAAAUCCGCAAUUUGACAAGUUGGCAGUGUAUAGAACCUAUAAAUGUACUUUAUGUGAGACUUCUUUUCCCCGACGUCCAUUGUUAGUUAAUAAACACAUAUUUUUCCUCGUUUGAAUGGUAAGACGCCGCGUUCUCUAGUGCCUCUGUUAGCCCUAAUGCUUAGAAGCGCUAAGUAAGUCAGUUCGUUAAACCAAAACUGGCCAAACGUGCCAUGGUGCUUUAUGGGACCACUCUGGAGAGCAUACACUGAGCUUCCGCGUAUCGCAUAAUCUCUUUGCCUUUUCGCUGUUUUCUCUUUGCCCUGAUUCUUCUUCACCCACUGGUGAAACCCUCUGCGUUUAGCCGUUGGCACACAUAAACAGCCGAAGACUGCACUGGCUGCCUUUACCGCAGACUCCGGCAUUUAUCGUUUGCGGGCGGGGAGAAAUGGCAACCUGCAGUAGUAACAGAAAAUUUGCCGCGUUUAUCGCUGUUGCGAUAGGCAAACUUCAUUCAGCCUUUCAUUCAUAUUUUAUUGGCACGUAUGUUGCUGCUUACACUGAAUAGCCCACACAAGCGUUCCUGUAAUAGCGUAGAAAUACAACAAAGCACGGUCUGCGGUGUAAACACAGCUUCAGUCAUGUGCCGUCAAGCAUCCAUAUACUGAUGUUUAUUAAAACGCCAAAAACUCUCGCGGAAGCAAACGGCCACCCUAUAGUGAGAGCAGAGAAACGUAUAUUUUGGUCUAAGUGACACCAUGGAGCGCGCCUAUUAAAUGUCAGACCAGUCUGCUUAGCGUCUGCCAAUUGGGAGCGCUCGUGCGACAAUCAUGCCUUCGUUAUAUUUCCAGCUGGCACCUUAGUCAAUGCAUCCAUGCGCGAACAAACAGACGAGAAAGCUUCACGCGGCACUAGCUUAACUGCAUGGCUGCGGCGCGCCAGUCUUUGUGCGCAUGUAGUAGCCGGCACGUGACGAAGUUCCUAGGACACCCUUUCCACUGAGAUCUGAAAUCAGCUAUUUGUUUUGCUCUCCUUGGCAUAGAAACAAGUGUUGUUGUUUCCCAUGCUCCUUCCUCACACUGUCUGCAUUACCAUUGUUUUGAGCAGACCUACCAUUCGUCCUCCUGACUGUUUCAUUGAAAUGAAAGUGCACGUUUGUGAGUUGUGUAGUGGCUGUUUACAUGUCAGAGUAGCUGGCUGCCGUGGUGUUAUUCUCGACAAGGUCAAGUCAAGGACAGUGACUCUCGUACGACGAGUCGGUUCGACUAUGUUUACUGUAACGAGAGCACGAAAUCACCCACCAACUUUUUCGAGUAAGAGUACUGCACCGAAUUGUAUCAUGUUAAGUUUACCUUUUUUUUUUUUUUUUUCCUUAGGUGUUUACUUUUCACUGCGUCGAUAUGUGAAUUCAAGUCCGCCUUGUUUCUUCUUCUCUACAGAGGUCUUAAGCACAUAUAACAAUGCAUGUAUAUAGAAAAGUAGAGCAUAGUUUGUUUCUUUUUCAUUUGUAUUGUUGUAUUUAUUGCGACCACAUGCAAGGUCGACAGAAACGCGAUCAACAAACGAUGCUCAUUAGCUUUGCAGAUCAAGCUAGCAUCCUCCGGUAAAGCUGUAUUCUCCAUAAUGCUUAGCAUUAGAUACCGUGGCAAACAGCCAACCAUCAUCCUAUUUGUAACGCUACGUGCUUCGAAAAUUAAAUAGAAAACAAUAUACGAUCUGGGAACCAGAACAGCGUCAUGGCAGCCUAGAAAUGGACUCUUGUUGUCUUGUUUACAAGUUCAUCGAAACACUCAAAACGCGUACAAAACCAUUCCAAACAAGUUUCUGGUUUGCCAUGUCUACUACGCCACGAUGCGAAGGAAAUAAACUGUUGUUAUGAAACGGCAGAGUUCAUUUGUCGUCAUUCAUUGCAAGAGGAAUGGAAUUUUGGA